AGCCACCAGCGGCCGCACCAGACGUAAUGUGCUCGCGAUAGAUGGCAUUCAGGUCGGGCAACGAUACCGUGCGGACGCGCCUUCUCAUAUUUUGAGCGCGCUCACCUCGUUCGUUCAACAUUUCUAUCGAAAGUUUUUUUGUUAAAAAGUUUUUGUUUAGCCUUUGCUGUUAGAUUACUAUGCGAGUGCUAAUACUGUAAAAAUAAAAUAGUUAAUUUUUAGGAGCUAACGAGGUCUCCUUUCUCUGUUGUGCUUGCCAAUAAAUAGAAUUUAGUUUGGAGGUGACGUAUAAACAGUGUGCCGGUGAUAACGGAGAAUGAUGUGAAUAGUGUUGUGUUUAUGUUUGUGAUGUGCGGUUCAGUGUAGACGUGGUUGUUUACAAUGGGGUACGCAUCGAGCGGCGCGGGCCGCGCGGCGCACGAGGCGCUGCUGGCGCGCCAGGACGCCGAGCUGCGCCUCAUGGAGACCAUGAAGCGGAGCCUCCAGGCCAAGAUGAAGAGCGACCGCGAGUACGCCCUCGCCCUCUCCGCCGCCGCAGCACAAGGCCAGAAGAUGGACAAGUGUGAAGAACUUAACGGAUCUGUGAUAGCAUCUGCCUGGCGAGCGAUGACAGAAGAGUGGGAGAAUAUCAGCCGACUCAUCAGGACCAAUGCUGAGGCUUUGGAGUCUAAAGCCUUAGACAGACUCACAUCCCUGAUGGUAGAGCGACGGAAAUCACGGAAAGUUUACCAGGAGGACCACACGAAAAUCUCUUCACAAUUCACUCAGCUUUCUGAAGAGGUGUCGAGAAAACAGAGCGAGUACCAAAAGUGCCUCGAGUCCUACAAACAGAUGAGGGCCAAGUUCGAGGAGAAUUACCUUAAAUGUCCCACGAGUCGGGGCGGGCGCAAGCUGGACGAGACCCGGGACAAGUAUGGCAAGGCCUGCAGACGGCUCCACAGGGCACACAACGAGUAUGUGCUGCUACUGGCCGAGGCUACGGAGUGUGAGAGAGCGUUGAGGACGGCUGCGUUACCGACGCUUUUGGACCAGCAGAGGAGGCAGGGAGAGGCUACUGCCACGUCUUGGAAAGGCGUGCUACUAGAAGUGGUGCAGAGGUCAGACUUCAGCACAGACAAGUUCAGGGAGAUACAGACCAAAAUCGAGACCACCAUACAGAAUCUGAGGCCGCAGGAUGAAUAUAAGGAGUUCAUUGAGAAAUAUAAGUCACCUCCUUCAACACCUGUCACGUUCAACUUCGACGAGAGCCUAGUCGAAGACACGAGUGGGAAACUACAACCAAACCAGUUGACGGUAGACAACCUUACCGUGGAGUGGCUGAAGGAAAAACUCACUGAGUUGGAGAACACCCUGCAAGAUAAUAGAGAGAAACAAUCAGCGUUACAAGGCCCCGAAAUUAUAGGGAACGGUGUCUGCAAAAACAAUAACACAGGACUGACUAAUGGAGUUAAUGGGAUUGACAGGCAUUCACCGCCACCCCUACCAGUGACGACUUCAGAGCCUAUCAAACUCCUAGAGCUUCGUGUAGCAGAACGCAAAUGUGCUAAACAAGCGGAGAUGAUCAGGUCGGCGCUGGCUGAGCUCGGCUGUGAGGAGGCGCCUAGUGGUUGUCCCGAUUUAUCGGCUGAGACCGUUGGUGUUGAUAGUCUGGAUGGCAGCUCUCCUGAUCACCAGGAUCGCUCCUCAAUCGGGUCCAAAGCUUCGGCGGACGUUUUAAGAUUACAUCUGCACUCAAUAAUACCACCGAGACCGUUCUUCAAACUAUUCACGAGGCCGUUUCGACGCAAGUCCGCUCCGUCGAGCCCCGCGCUGCCUCCCAAGACAUACAGAAGCAGCAGCGAAGGCCCUGCUGACUCGGUGAGUGUGAGUGAGACAGAGCGUUCUCUGGUGGAACAGGAGUGGUUCCACGGAGUACUGCCUCGGGAAGAGGUGGUGAGGCUUCUGAGGGCUGAUGGAGACUACCUGGUGCGGGAGACCACGAGGAACCAUGCCAGGCAGCUAGUGUUGUCCGUCUGUUGGGGACAGCACAAACACUUCAUUGUUCAGACCACGCCUGAGGGUCACUACCGUUUCGAAGGAGCAGCAUUUCCCUCAGUCGCCGAGCUGAUAGCUUGGCAGAGGACAAGCGGAGUCCCAGUCACAGCGCGAUCAGGAGCCCUACUGCGUCGCGCGGUGCCUAGAGAGAAUUGGGAACUGAACAAUGAUGAUGUCCAGUUACUGGAUAAGAUUGGACGGGGUAACUUCGGCGACGUAUACAAAGCUCGUCUCAAGAGUACCAAUCAAGAGGUAGCAGUGAAGACCUGCAGGGUUGCUUUACCAGAUGAACAGAAGCGCACCUUCCUGCAAGAAGGUCGAAUACUCAAGCAGUACCAACACCCCAACAUUGUGAGGCUCAUUGGCAUUGCGGUGCAGAAGCAGCCUAUCAUGAUCGUCAUGGAACUUGUUCCUGGUGGUUCCCUCCUAACAUUCCUACGAACGCGAGCAGCUAGUCUAAGCUCGCGAUCUCUCCUCGCAAUGUGCCGAGACGCAGCCGGUGGCAUGCGAUACCUGGAAUCCAAGAACUGCAUACACCGAGACUUGGCAGCCAGGAACUGUCUGGUUGGAGACGAUAAUAUUGUCAAGAUAUCAGACUUCGGCAUGUCGAGGGAGGAAGAGGAGUAUAUCGUGUCGGGAGGCAUGAAGCAGAUUCCUAUUAAGUGGACGGCGCCGGAGGCACUUAAUUUUGGUAAGUACACAUCUUUAUGCGACGUGUGGAGCUACGGUGUGCUGAUGUGGGAGAUAUUCUCCAAGGGCGACACUCCCUACGCCGGCAUGAGCAACUCACGCGCACGAGAGAAAAUUGAUACAGGUUACAGAAUGCCUGCUCCAGACGGCUGUUCAGAAGACGUGUAUGCCUUAAUGCUGCGUUGUUGGGAGUACGAGGCGGAAAAGCGGCCACACUUCCAUCAAAUCUACACUAUUAUCGACAAUAUUUACAACAGGUAACACUGACAUAGAACUAAGAAGUGGUAGACAGGACCUCAGAAUUUUGUAAUGUGCAUUGACACAAGCUAAAAUGACGUGUUUUUUUUAGCCAAUUCGAAUUCUUAUUCUCGUUAGGUAACGAUAAUUAUAGUUUUGGUUAGGUAUAUUGUUUGAAGUCACAAAUAAUAAACUUGAACCUUACCUAUUACCUUAACGUAACGAAUUUAAAAAGACUAGGCAAAAUGAGUUAUGGUUUUGUAAUCAGAAUCUUUACGAAUUUCGAAUAAUGAAAUAGCAGCUAGCAACGUAAAUAAUGUCUUCCUAUCCUUAAUGUAAAUCUACCUGGGUUAUGACAAUAAGAGUUUGUAAUGAUCAUAACACAAAUAAUUGUAAAAGUUAUAUUUUUUCUAUCUACUCAUUUCCAAUACAAUAGGCAGCUGAUUACUGUAUUAAUUUAAGUAUUUGUAGUAAUAUAGGUACUAUCUGUGUUAAUUAAUUAACUUAGUAAUAUUUUCAUAUGUAUCUAAAGAUUGUGGAAUAGUUGAGAUAUCUAGAAGUGGCAAUGGGGCGACAAACUCAAAAAAAAGAUCUUAAAUGUUUUUUCAAUCUCCAAUAUUCUUCCAAUCAGAAACAAUAGCUCAUAAUACCUUUAAAAGGCCGCUUUUUCAAUCAUCAUUCAGUUAGGUAUAAAUACAUUAGUUUGACAUAUUUUCUAUCCAAAAACUGUCAAAGCGUCAAACAUUUUCUUGAGAUGAGUUAUCUGGCGAUUGAGAAAUCCCCCCUAAGUCUUCCAAAUCAUUUGGCACUUAAUUAUGACCUUUUUGCAUUCCAUUAGCCACUUCUAGUAGGUACUUUGCAAAGACGCUAUAAAGUGACUUUAUAUAAGUAGUAUUGAAGCGCUGAUCUCUUACGAAUGGUACUAGCGAUAUGCACAUAAUAGUAUGUAAGUACAACCUUAUGUAUCAGUUCUGACUGAAUAUCUUCUUAUUAUGUACCGUUUCAAGUACAAUGUUAAGCAUAAUGUAGUUUGUGUACUGUCUAAAAGUUAUCGAGUCUGUAAAGUAGGGUUUUAGCAGCUGAAUAUGUUAUAGUUAUGAAAAGUGGUGCAAAUAUACGCUUUGAAAUCGAGAUGUGUAGAUACCUUAUGCUACAAACAUUGUAAAACAGAAUUGGUAUUCAUAACCUGACCCUAGUGGUAACAAAAAUAAUACCGAUAUUAAUUCUCUACUUUUUAGAAAAUAAAAUAUUCAUGUUAUAGUUCUAGAAAUGUAUAGAUAGUCCAAAUUUUUUAUCACUGUUUUCGAAUAUGAAAACUGUUUUCGAAUACAUAACUAUAAAAAUUAAAUGUUUCUUCCUAAAUAUUAACUGUGCUUCCAAUACAUACCUUUUAAAGUUUUUGUAAUAAGUAGUUUAAAUAAAUAAGUUUAUAAUUAAUGAAUUCUGGCAAUAAAGGACAUGUUUGUGAUAUGUUUAAUGCUUCCACAGAAUAGUGUAACAAUUAUGUAUUUUAAGUAAUAUUGUUUAUUUCUUGCCUAGUGUAAGUGCAUGUUAUUAUUAAUUGAUAUUUUAACACAAAGUGAGAUAUAAAUGUAUAGGCAGUCUAGUAUUUUAAUUCAACAUUUAAUAAAACUAUGUAAAUAUACUUCGUACAAUAUUAAAGUGCCAGACAUUUUUGA